GAGCUCUGGACAUGUUCACAAUUAACUGAUCGUUCACAAAACAUCACUGUUACUCUGCUCCAGAUGUGAGUGUGACUCUGCUACAGAUGGGAACGUAAUGGGUCAUUACAAGACGAGCUAACGCCGAACUACAGCAGGCACCGCAUAACUGCACAAGAAGAUGACAUCUGAAAUCUACUUUGAGAGUGGACCAGGUGGGAAUAAUGCAAGUCUUCAAAGCACCACAGUGGGGGGCAGCAAGCCUUUACAUCGCUUCAUUAAGGGUGAACCCAAGAUUAUUGGCAUCGUUGUGCUGGUCUUGGGCGUAUCUUUCAUCAUUAUUUCUGCUGCAUUGCAAAUAGACACUAUUGGACAUAUAACAACAGUCUUCCCACCUGGAUUCCUGCUGGGAACACUGUACAUCUUGUGUGGGCUUCUAUAUAUUCUGACAGAGCACAACCCAACCAAAAAAAAAGUGACCAUGUCCUUGGCUCUGAGUAUUGUCACUAUACUAGGGGCAUUUUGGACUAUAAUGACCAAACUGCCACAUAUAGUGCACAUGCACUAUAUGAGGCACGAUGAGUACCUGGAAGUCAACUCAACAGAAAUUGAGGAAGCAUCAUGGGCCUCAGAUUACGAGGACAUGGGAAUAACCGUGGAAGCCAUCUUUGUGUUCUACUGUUUUGUUGGUGCAAUUAUUUUCAUUGUAAUGUCAAUUCUGGCUGGGGCUGCCCUGCGUUCCACUAAUAGCCAGGUCAUUCUUAUGAUGUCUACUACACCGACUGAAACGCCUGCUGAAUAAUAACCACAAGAAGAAGGCUUGAAGUAUGACACACAGACAAAGACACCAAAAUAUUUCUUUUUAAGGGCAUAACAGGAUUUCUAAAUAUACAUUUUCACCAGCAUGUUGUGGUGACUGUAUACAAUGCAAUACAGAUAUGACUAUAGGUAUCUAUGUAUAAUAUGUACUGCAAUGUGGUGUUUCUGUGAUCUGUUACAUGUUGCAACACUAUGUGAGUACUGUACUUUCCUAUUUUGGAAACAUAACUCAAAAGGAUGGUGGCAUCACACUUUCUGCUACUUAAUCUGCUGUUGACAAGAGAAAGGUCUGGUUUAAACCACAGUUCUUCACAGAAACAAGACCAUUACAAUGUAUAGCCAUGCAAGCAGCUCUGUGAAGAUGUAACUGAGUACAGUAGUGCUUUCGUAUGACAACAUGCCCACAAUGACAAUGCUAUGUUUUGUAACCCUAACACACACCUGACCCCCAAUCCUAACCAUCUGACUACUCAUGCCUAAACCUAACCAAGUAGGUGUGUCAUGUAGGUACUGCAAAUCCACAGA